ACUGCUUUGUGAGAGGUGCUACACUAAGGUAAUCGGCACGGCAGGCGUUAACAAGGUCCUUUAAGUUUCGUCGGGCACAGAGUACAAGCGCGUGUAUAAAACCUGAGAGCAGGUGCACAAACUGUUUCAUGAGAGCAGGAAGUUUCCGGGGUAGCGUUUGUCGUUAAGAUGCUGAAUCACUAGGAAACUACAACGCAAUGUUUCCAACCAGCACUGUGCAUGAGAUGCUUUCAAGACAAACCAAAGAGUAUCACUGACAAUGAGCGACACUGGGCACGGCGAGCAAAGCUCGGUGCUCAGUCCAUUGUUACAGACACAUGAGCUUUGUGUUGCAUGUGCAUCAUGCUGUGAACAACCACAUGACAUCCACCUUUCUCACCGGUGUGGUGAAAACAUCUUGCUGGCCAGGCAGAGAGGAGGCAGAGAAACAGACUGGAAGCAUGUUUCCCCCAGGCCUACUUUCCGAAACCCCGCAAAGUACGUGAAGUGUUUAUUCACGGCGGAGAGUGGGGAGUGCCUCCAGUAUGGCAAGCGCUGCACCUUUGCCAAAAGCGAUGAGGAGGCAACCGUGUGGAAUUUUCUAAAAAACAGCAGGCUCGAGCACAGCUUGCUGAUUGGCCUGGUUUCCCAGGCUCAGGGGCGGGAAGAAGAGAAGGAGGAGUUGGAUGUGGCAGAGAGAAUUCAGAGCCUCUUCACCGGCCACUUCCUCCAACUCUGCCACGCCUGCUUCCACAGCAGCCCCCGGCAGAUUACCCCUGAGCGCCCUGCCAAGGCGUGCGGUCACCCCCUCCAUCCCGCUCUGGUCCUCUUCCAAGUGGGAGGAUGUCAAGGCGAAAAAAUACAAUUCAGCGAGAUCCGGCCCAUCCCCCUGGGCUUGCGAUUCCUGCAGUUCCGGCACUGCUGGCACGUGCAGCGAGGUCACCCGUGCCGGACUGCGUGCACGUUCCCUCACAGCGAGGCAGAGAUGGCCGUGUGGACGGCCGAGAGGAACGAGGGCCUGGACCGGAAUGACCUAGUCACGGCACUUGACGAGUCUGACGCCCAGGAAUCGGCAGAGGAACCCCAGGCUCAGUUUCACUGCACCUUAUGCCAGCUUCAGUUCUACUCCCAGGAUGGCUUCGUAAGCCACUGCUCCUCUCUCGCUCACGAGAGGAGGUACUGCGAAGAUGAAGACCCUGUCACUGAGUGGAAGCACCGAUGCCCGCCAGAGUGCAGCCAAGCCUUUGAGCUGUGCAACAGACCAGACACCUGUGAAUAUAGAGAGAACUGCACAGCAGCCCACUCCAUUGAAGAGCUCCAGGAAUGGUGCCUGAGGAUGAGGAUGGUUCGCAGGAAGAGGAAGGCUGCCCAGGAGCAGGGCCUGCUGUCCUACAGGGACCAAUUGCUGAUGGAAUACAGGGAGAGCAUCAAUGAAGUUCUCAUCAUGUCUGAAGACGUAGAGGGUGUUACAGUCACCUGCGAUAAGGAGCUACAUUUAAGCAGUGAGAAGAAGAAAUUGGAAGUAAAGUGGACAUUCACAAUACACUCUGAGAGGCCUCUGAAGGCUGCUGCCCUGUUGAAGCAGGAGCCGGGGGCCGCAUUCACAUUAGGGGACAGCACCAGCAAAUGCCCCUGUGCCUACUCAGACGGGAGCCUCUUCUGCACCUUAGGCACCUCCUACACCCUUCCUGUCACUUUCUCAUCUGACUGUCCAGGACGCUACGAGCAGUGGCUGGCUCUAGACUUUGACACAAGGCCCGUGUUGCUGCAGAAGAUCCAGGUGCAUGUAGGUGAGAGGCAGAUCUUCCCCGAACUUGCAGAAGACAUGAGUCAGAGCGGCAGCCCAGCUCCCACUGCUCCCCUCCCUAGCCCCCUGAGGACAGAACCUUGGCAUAGGGGAAACAGGAUCAUAGUCACCUGUCUGCAUAGAACAGAGGCAGCGGAAGAGCUGCUUAAGGAGUACAAACCUCCUUGGCUGAACCCAACCUUUAGCCCUGCAACUGUGAUAAGUGAUGUUACCUUGACCCGGAAGAACUACAGGGAAAGUAUGCACAGCUUCCUGUAUAGAGAGGAGCUGGCACAAGACGAGGUACUUUCCAGGCUCAGCCUGCAGAGUGUCGUUGUCACGCUGUCUGACACCAUCACUCGUUCUCCGUUUGAGAUGAAGGCCGUCCCUUUCCCACUGCUCUAUGCCUCGGUCCCACUGUCCUACACGCCUCAGACCCCGGAGGGCCAGCUGCUCCGGACAGCUGUUGGCUCUGCCCUUGUGGCCCCUUCUCCCUCUGCCGGAAAGAAGGUGUACGAGGCGCGGGUGCUCCUGGAGGCCAGCACUGAGGAUACAAUCUAUCUACUGCUCUCCAGAGCCUGCUGCUCUGAGCUGAGUCUCCGGAAGGAGGAGUCGUGCCCCAUGGAUAUUCAAUUCCAGCUAAACCGCCUUGAGUUCUGCGAGUGGCAUCAGGCAGUCGACCUUCUUCCAGAUGUGGAGCGUGUCCUGCCAGAGCUGAACCGACGCAGCAUCCCUGACUACAGUGGGGAAUUCCCCAAACUCAAACUUAAUGUCAAGCAAAGGGCUGCCAUGUCCCUGAUCAUAGGGGAAGCCAGUGAACAGACACCAACAGCCCCUGUGCUAAUUUAUGGGCCCUUUGGGACAGGGAAAACAUUCACCCUGGCAACAGCUAUUAAGGAACUCCUCCGACAGCCCUGUACCAGAGUUCUGAUCUGCACCCACACAAACAGUUCUGCAGAUCUGUAUGUGAAAGAUCACUUCCAUCACUAUGUGGAGGGUGGACACCCAGAGGCCCGCCCCCUCAGAAUAAAAGCCAAUAAGAAAGGGUUGGCGAUAUUAAGCACUGACAAAAUCACUCUGGGCUAUUGUCUUGUCGCUCCCGACAACGACUCCUUCCUGUUUCCGAAGAGGUCCGACCUGGACUCGCACCGAUUGGUGAUAACCACUGCCUCAAUGGCACGUCACCUCCAUGACCUAAAGCUCCCAGUUGGCUACUUCACCCACAUCCUGAUUGAUGAGGCUUCCCAAAUGUUGGAAUGUGCUGCCCUGAUUCCCCUGACACUGGCUGGGUCGAGGACGAAGGUGGUCCUGACUGGGGACCACAUGCAAACAGGGCCAAAGCUGUUUUCGGUAGCAGAGGGCCGCAGCAGCUCUGACUACACCCUUCUCAACCGCCUCUUCCACUAUUACCAGGGACAGAAAGGUGAAGCAGCCUCAAGGAGCAAGGUGAUCUUCAGUGAAAAUUAUCGCUGCACAAAAGUGAUUGUGGACUUCAUUGCCACCCACUUUUACUUUGGCAAACUUGAUGUCAGGACUAAUGAAGUCAUAAAAGCCAGUGGCAGGGUUCCGUCGCACCCUCGGUUCCACCCACUGAGGUUCCACCACAUUCGUGGAACUUGUUCCUGGGACAAGGUGUCUAUGUCUUGGUACAAUGCCGAGGAGGCCAAAGGUGUGGCGGAGAUAGUGGAAGAACUACUCAAAGAAUGGCCACCCGAAUGGGGCAAACAAGAGCAGCAAGCUAUUUGUGUUCUUUCACAAGAAUAUGGUCAGAUUAAAUUAAUCAGGCGUGAACUGCGGAAAAAAAAAAUGGGAAACGUGAUUGUGGAAACUGUAUACAAUGUACAAGGAAAGCAGUUCAGAGCCAUUUUGAUGACGGCGGUCCACACUCGAGACAGCCUGCUCCUCUCAGACUCAGCACACCCGGAACUCUUUGAAGACACACGUGUGCUGAACACAGCUAUGACAAGAGCACAGUCACAGGUAGUUGCUGUUGGUGAUGCCCCUGCUCUGUGCUACUUUGGAAGGUGCUCCAAAAUCUGGAAGUGCUACAUUAACGAAUGCAUUGACAAGGGGAGUGCCAACCCAAAGCACAUCACCAUCAACCACAUCAAGCAAGAAGUAAAGGAAAUCUCCAAGUUCCAUAAAACAGGGGAGGGUUACAACAGUGAUAUUGAGUCCUCUGAGUCAGAAGUAAGCAGAAUUGAGGACUCCAUUCUUCAGGAGCUUCUGGACGAAGGUAAGGAUGUUCAAGUGGGCAUCACAGAAGAAGGACUAUUGGAGAUUAUCCAGAAGGCUCUCUCAGGUGAAACAACUGUAGCCGAAGACUGGAGUGACACCAACAUUGAGCUAUUGUUGAGGACAAGGCCGAAUGACUUCAAGCGCUGUAAGCUCAUUAUGGAGAAAUUUGACUCAGGGUAUGCUAUACCCCUAGACCAGGCCACACUUCGCAUUAGCAUUACAGGGAGAGAUAACAUUGGCAGAUCUUUUCCAGGAGAUGUGGUUGCUGUGGAGAUCUUGAGAGAUGAUGACAUUUCUUGGAAUGGUAAAGUGGUGGGGGUCCUGAAGGGGCAAUCCCAAACCAUAUUUGUCUGCGCCAUUGACAUGUACGAUCCCCAGGUAAUGACACCCAUCAAUAAGUGUGCCCCCAAAAUAUUUGCACCCUUUGUCAAGGGCAAGCCCAAUUAUGUUGCAGUGCGGAAAAAAGAAAACGGACACUGGUUUCCACAUAAGUAUGUCCAGAUCAAUGAGGAUUUAAGGCAAAACUGCCUUUUUGUUGUUGAAGUCUUGAAAUGGGUCAAGCCUUGCCGGUAUCCCCUUGGAGUUGUUACAAAGGUGCUUCAGAAAACAGGAUCUGAAGAAGAUGGACUUGAAAUGUUGGACAUAGAAUACCAAUUGCUCAAAGGCCCUCCUAAAUGUAAUGAAAGAGACUUCAAAGUUUGUUUGAAAAACAAAAAAGACAGAGAAGAGUUCCGCAAUUACACCUAUACCUUCACCAUCGAUUCAAUCAAAUCGCAGGACCUCGAUGAUGCAAUUAGCGUGAGAGAUUUGGGAGCUCACUAUGAAAUUGGUGUUCACAUUACAGAUGUUGCAAGCUUUGUGGCCAAGGGCAGUGAAGUAGACAAAUAUGCAGAGACCCAAGGAAAUGUGCUCUACCGGGUAAAUGAAGACCCAGCAUUCUUGUUUCCAGAAGCGUUGAGACAAGACCAUUUGAGCCUGCUUCCUGAAUGUGAGCGUCAUGCUAUAUCAUUGAUGGUAGUUAUUGAAAAGGAAAGCAACAGGAUUAUGAGUAAUACAUUUGCCCUAUCCCUGAUAAAGUCAAAGAAACGGAUGACAUACCAGGAAGCAGAUAAAAUCCUCCAAAGACAUUAUGUGAACAGUGGAGUUCCACUAAGGUUUGACACUUGGGAGGAUUGCCUUGCUGUGGUAUACCACUUUUCUAAAGUUCACAAGUACCACAGGGUGUCUGGCAACGUGCGACAUGUACAGUCUGAUGAGGGUGGUAAAGGUAAAGGGAUGUCCCAUGACAUGGUAGCGGAGCUCAUGAUCAUGUAUAACAGUUUUGUGUCUGACUUAUUGAUUGAUAAUGAGGAGACAAAAAGUCUCACCCCUCUGAGAUGUCAAGAUUGCCCAGAUCCUAAGGAGGUGAGCCAGUUGUUGGCCAGACACAGUGCCCUGAUGCCAUUCUCUGCUCAUCUCUCCCACCUUCAGAAUGAGAAUAUGGAUUUGGACAAUGACAAUGCCAAGGGCCAAUCAGCAGAUGAACAAAUAUUAAAAUGUGAAGAGGACAAGGUAGACAGUGAAACUACAGAACAAUGCCAUGCCCGUGACAGUUUUACAGAGUUCAACAUUUUCACAUCCCUGUUCAAGCAAUUCGAGGCUGCAGCACAAAACAGGGACUUUCACAUGUUGGUUUACCUUAUCACAGCUGACGACAUCCACCCACAGCUUCAACCUAUAGCAGUCAAAUUUAGUAGCCUCCUGCAGAAGAACUACAUCCACCGCUCCAAAUCCACGUCCCAGUCAAAAGUAGGUCACCACGACUUGCUGCUUGACUCCUACACCUGGGCUUCCUCUCCAAUGCGCCGAUACAUGGAUGUCAUUGUGCAGAGGCUGCUGCACUCUGCCCUUGAGAACACCACCCCCAGGUACACUUCUAAAGAAAUUGAUCUGUUCUGUGCCCUCUACAUGGAAAAGUGCAAAAGGAAGGCUGAAUUUGACAAUGCUGUGCAGAACCUCAACACAACUAUCUAUUUAAGCCAACAGAGUGCACAAAUAAUGGCUGUUGUGAAUGACUUGCAUUCUAGAAGACACUUCCAGGUUUCCUUCCUUAUAAACCAAGGCAUACCGUCACAAAUGUCCAUACAGUUCAAGGACCUCAAACUAAUAGAUCAGCCAGAGUUCAUGGAGAGCGAUGGAGAAAUCCAUUCCAUAAUACUAAAAUGGAAGCGAAGGGUGUAUUCAUUCACAAACUCCCACAUCAGCUCGAAACUCAAAGGGGUCAAGCUAAAUUGCCAUAUCACCCCUGUCCAGGCAAAUACAUGGGAGUCCAUUGUUUCAGCUAUCAGGGCAGAGGAUUGGGAGAAGGUUGUCUACUAUGUUCGAGAAAUCAAGCCAAGCUUAAGUAGAUGUUUGAAGGAGGGGGAAUGCAGACCUCCCGAGUUUCAACAUUACACUGAACUCUCUCUGGAGCUGAAGGUUGGACAGAGUCUCCCUGUACAGCUGGGUACGGACAUAAACCGUGGUCGGACCUUCCCCGCAGUGCAGCUGCUGAACAUUCAUCCACAGUUUGAUAUUUGCCUGCAGCACUCAAAGAACCCAGUCAUGUGCUUUUCCAACCUAGCACUCAAGGCAUCAAAGCAAGUGUACAGCAGCUACAGGGAGUACAUGCAAAUUUGGGGACCAAUGUGUGCAGUGGACACAGCUCACAAUGCAGUGGCAGAAAAUGACAGCAUUGUUCUUGAAGGUGUGAAAAUCACAUGGAAGGAUGAAACAAAUGGUUACUUCUACCUGUCUCUGGAACAGAAGAAGCAAUGGUCAAUAGAAUGUGACCUCAAGAACUGUUUCCUGUGUAUUAGACUGAGGGACCAAAUGGUAAAUGGGUGCGAAGGAAUGGAUUUUUAUGGGAUUUCCCCACUCUUGAACUUGGAGGAUCCCCAGUCCUUUACAUGGGUAGCCCAUGGAGUAACCACCAAAGAAGAUGAAGCAUCAAGAAGGCGUUUGUGCAUUCAGAUUGACUUUAGCCUCAACCACCUGUCCAUGAAGAACACCCUAGUCUUCUCUGAGAAUACAGUGUUCACAGUGGAACUGAUCCCCAAAAAUCUACCUUGCGUUCUCAGGGAGCAUGCCAUUGCCAACCUGGUUCGUGCUAAUGAACUUGUGAAAAACAUCUCCAUGGGCAAGACACCAUUUCACACAAGUGCAGUGUUUGAAAAUAAUGCACAGAAUGUUGACAUUUCUGAUGGUCAAUUGCCAAGCUUAUCUGCUCUCAAUGAAAGCCAGAAAGCUGCCAUAAAAAAAGCGCUGGAGAUGCCAUUCUCACUCAUACAAGGCCCACCAGGAACUGGAAAAACAGUGGUUGGGAUCCAUAUUGUCUACUGGUUCUUUACGAGGAAUCAAAAAGCUGAUGCCACAGGUCACUACACCCAUAACAAGAAGGGGUUGGAAAAGAAGAAUGGGAUUUUAUAUUGUGGCCCUUCCAAUAAAUCUGUGGACAUUGUCGCUGAGCAACUCCUGAAGUUGAAAGAUGUGAAAGCUCUGAGAGUUUGCAGCGAUCAGAUGGAGAUGCUUGAGUUUCCCUACCCGGGGAGCCGUAUGAAGGUGUGCCGCAAGUCUCUCCGUGAAGAGAAGCCCGACGAAGCUUUGAGAUCCAUCACCCUGCGCUAUCUGAUCCGGAAAACAGAUAAUCCAUUUUCCCAUGAAAUCCUGUCUUUUGAAAGCAGAAUUGAAGAAGAAGGCACAAUUGAUGAUGAUGAAAUAGCCAGUUACAGGAAACUGUUGAACAAAGCCCGCCAGUAUGAACUGAGAAAGCAUGAUGUUGUCCUCUGCACUUGUGCGGCUGCCCAAGACCCAAAUCUCCUUAAGACAAUGAACUUCCGGCAGAUUCUCAUUGAUGAGUGUUCAAUGGCGACAGAGCCCGAGGCUCUGAUUCCACUGGUUGCGCACAAGCCGGAACAGAUUGUGCUGCUAGGAGACCAUAAGCAAAUUCAGCCCAUUGUUCAAUGCAACCUGGUCAAGACACUGGGCAUGAAGAAAUCUCUAUUUGAGCGCUACCAAACUGAGUCCUAUGGGCAUUUGGCGACAAUGCUUGACACCCAAUACAGAAUGCAUGAGGACAUAUGCAAAUUUCCCUCUGAGACAUUUUACAAUGGCUGUCUGGUGACCAAGGCCAAACGUGAGACCAGUGUCCUGCUGUCUCCAUCAAAGAAGCCUACUGCUAUACUGUUCGGCCAAGUGGAUGGGAAAGAAGAAACGCUGGUGGUUUCCACAGAGAAAGGGAAUGAAAACUCUACAAUGAAUGUGGAGGAGUCUAAGCAGGCGGUUAGAAUCUGCAAGCUGCUUAUCUCUAAGUCUGGUAUUGAACCCACAAGCAUUGCCAUCUUGACACCCUACAAUGCCCAGAGGUCACAGAUUAACAAGAACCUGUCUGAGAAUCACAUUAAGGGUGUUGCUGUGUGUACCAUUAUGAAAAGUCAAGGAAGCGAGUGGCGCUAUGUUAUCCUGUCCACAGUCAGGUCCUGUCCCCGCUCAGAGAUUGACGGACAGGUUCCAAGGCCCACCAAAGCAUGGCUGUCAAAGCAGCUGGGCUUCAUCACAGAUCCCAACCAGGUUAACGUGGCCAUCACCAGGGCUCAGGAUGGCCUCUGUAUCCUAGGAAACCAGCACUUACUGAAGUGCAGUGCCCUCUGGAAUAAAUUGCUGGCACAUUACCAGAAACAAGAAUGUGUGGUGGAUCCAGCAAAAGCAAUCCAAGUCAACCCCAUAGGGAAAUCCAAAUCCAAACAACAGAAAUGACUUGUAUCAUUUAUCAAUGGUAUGAUACCUAAAUCUACUGUUUAUUGUUUGUGUGUGUAGUAGCAUCUUAAAACAUAGCUGAGCUUGAUGCCUCAGGAGUUUCCCUAUAGUUGUGGAAAUAUUGGAAAAAUAUUCCCUGACCUUGGGAAAAGGUGUUUGGAAAUGCACCUAAAGGAAGGUGACAUUAUUUUAUGUUCAUUUUCCAGAUAUUCUGAUAGAGAUUUAACCCAAAUUGUUUCAAUAAAAAUGUGCAACUGUAUAAAUUGAUUGUAAAAAUAUAAUCUGUGAAAGUCACUCUGGAUAACAGUAUCUGCUCCAGUAAAUGCUGAACCGUAAGACCUCUUAGGCAGUUGUCCCCACAAAUAUGUGAUGUGAAUAUUCUUAACUGACAUUUGGAUGUUUAUGUAACAUCAUAAUUGAGUUCACUACUAUACUAUCACUAUUAGUUCUGGGACACUGACUUUGAAUUUAGGAGAAAAAAAAAAAUCCAGAAGAGAUCCUCCUCAAAGGCUCAAAUUCCGCAACCAAUUGAAAUACAAAAACUAGUUGAUAAUUUUAGUUGAUAAUGUAAUUAACUGUUUUAACAUAUUAAAACAUAUUUUUUAAAAGUCUAAAAUGAAUAUACAAAAGUACACCAUGUGGCUCUCCAGGACCAGAAGUGAGGACCAGUACACUAAGGUAAGCUGGAGUUACCUAGUGCCACUAUGUAUCCAGCAGAUGUAUAGCACGUGUUUCCCACUGUGGCUUUGAAAUAUACUUAUUGUAAAUUCGGUGCUAUGGAAACAUGCCACUUGAAACAUGCAAUGUACUGGAAUAUUUUCAACUACUCAGUUAUAUUUUGUAGAUUUUUUAUUUUGUAAUUUGUCACUUUAUAGUGAAAGCGUUGCAACCUACUUUCUAACACUGGUUUUAAUGAGUAAUAUUUGAUAUGAACACAUUCACAGUGGAUGGCAAAAAAAAACUUUGUAUUGACUCGUUAGGGCUUCAAUGAGUCAGGUGAGUAUGAUUCCAUUUUUUUUUUAUUCUGAAGUCAAUCCAUGCCUUCUAAAGUAUUCAACUGCAGUGGCUGUUCUGUCUGGUGUUAACAAAUAUGGGUUCCAUGAAAAAUCAACCAUGAAGUACCUCCAGGAAAGACGGAUGGAGGUUUUGGAAUGGCUACCACAGUCCCUAGACUGAAAUAUUAUUGAAAAUCUGUGGAGAGAACCAUGCUAUACAUGCAAGGAGACAUUCAAAUAUUUCUGAGCUAGAGGUGUUCUGCCAGGAAUAAUGGAAGAAUUCCAAAAGCAAGAAUUGAAAGACUCUUAGCUGGCUACUGGAAGUGUUAUAGUUGCCCGAGGAGGAGUUACAAAGUACUAACUGACAGGGUUCCCAAACCUUUGCACAGGGCCUUUUUCCUUUUUUUUUGUUUUUUUUUGGGUGGGUGAGGACAAGAUAGAAAGAUCAAGGAAUAAGGCAUGAGAGAUCAUGGUGUAUCGUGGAAUUAAACAGUUACCAACAUUGGUUAUGUAUUAUUUAUCAGUUUUUCACCAACUUACUUUUGUAAAGGGUGCUACAUUUCCUCAGAUUACUGUAUAUCAUUUUACCAAUGAAAUGUUAACCUAUCAACUUUGCCCCCGUGUGGCAAACUUUUUUUGUAUGAUAGAAAUAUUUUUUCUCCGCUCUCUUUUAUUGCACGUCCAGCCAACAUAUUUCUGGUUUGGUAGAAAUAUAAGUUUGUUUUGCAAAUUAUUUGAUAUAGACAUAUUUGUGGAACCAAAUAUGCCACCUGGUUAUGAAGCUACAACUGUUUUAAAAAAGUUUUUUGUUUAAAACGAUAUAUUUUUUAUAUUGAUAUAUUUGGGCAUGCUUCAGAAAAACAUACUCAUAUAUGUGAAUAAAACACAUGUGAAUAUUAAUUUUCUUUAUAUUUAGGAUAAGAAAAUAAGCAUUUCUGAUCAUUCAUGUGUCUUGUCAAAAGAUUUAAGGAUGUGUUGUAUUUAGAGAGAUUUGGGGACUCUUGAGGACAUCUGGUUGCAGUUUUGCGAAAACUCAUGGAAUUUGAAUGCCUGUCGAUAUCUUUGCCUAAGUUGACAUCAAGUUUUUGCACAAAUAUGACAUAGUUCUGGGUUGGUCCCUGACUUAGAAAUCGAGAUCUUCAGCGCUACAAUAUAAAAACAUGUUUUGUAA